CUGUUUUUAAUUACUGCUUAAGAGCUAAUGGUAAAAGAGCAAUCUAUCAGCAAUUUGCGAAUUUGAAGUUUCACAGGAGAUCCUCGCUAUUAUUUCUGAGUGAUAUUUCACAAGCUUAUUUUUUGAUCAAUAGAAUUUAGUUGACAACUUUUUCGACUGAGAACGUUGAUUUUCCAGAUCCAUACGCUCCAUUGUGUUUGUUGACCCGAGUAUAAUUUGUAUACAACAUGUACAUCUAUAAAAUUCGUGGCACUUAGAAAAUAAACAGAUAAUGCAGCAAAAUAAACACGCAUCAUAUCUGGUCUUCAUUUUAGGGACGUUCAUUAUCAGCCGGUCAUGACCAGUCUAACUUGAUACGGCUGUGCAUUAUUUAUCCAUCCGUCAUUUCUGACAGCCAAGUAAAAACAAUAACAUAACCUCAAAUCACAAAGUAAGUUAACUUUGAAUAGUUUUCAUUUCCAAGAUUAGGUCAUCAAUUAACUGAUAAGUUUGUACAGCUAACGAGUUUAACGUUACACGGGAAGUGCAGAGAUUGCAGCCAUGACGAAGGAUUUGAAAGUAUUAGUUUCUUCAAAUGAUUAUAAUGAGGCGGGGUUGAAAGCUCUACGGGAACAUUUCACGGUUCUCCAGUCUAAGUACCUCCACUUUGGCGAGGAAGGCAUCACAUUAAACAAGGAGGAACUGCUCCGACUGGCUCCCGGCAUCUCCGCCUUGGUGUGGGUGUCUCACCACUCUAUCACUAAAGAGCUGCUUGACGCUGCUGGUCCUUCCCUCAAACUGGUGGCAACCGUAUCAGCUGGUUACAACCACUGCAAUGUAGACGAGCUCAAGACGCGUGGUAUCAAGUUGUCAAACACACCAGAUGUCCUCCGCCCGGCGGUCGCUGAAAUCGCUAUUGCGUUGAUGUUGGCCACUGGAAGACGGUUUACGGAGAAUUUGGAACAAGUCCACAGUGGACAAUGGGAGAUAGGGUUCCAGAAAGUGUUGGGGCAGGAGAUCCGCGGCAGCACGGUCGGGGUUUUCGGGCUCGGCGGCAUAGGGCAGGCCAUCGUGAAGAGGCUGGCUGGGUUCGAGGUUGAGAAGUUCCUUUACACUGGACACAGGGAGAAGCCGCAAGGCAAGGAACUCGGCGCCCACUUCGUAUCCAAGGACGAACUGCUGGCUCAGAGCGACUUCGUGAUCCUCGCUGUGCCUCUGAAUAAUGAGACCAAGCUGAUGGUGAACAAGGAACUGCUGGGGAAGAUGAAGAAGAACGCAAUACUUAUUAAUGUUGGCAGGGGAGAUCUGGUAGACCAAGAUGCGCUAUACGACGCCUUGAAGAACAAACAGAUCUACGCAGCCGGUCUGGAUGUGACCACCCCUGAACCCCUGCCGAAGGAUCACAAGCUGCUGACCCUCCCUAACCUCUUCGUCCUUCCCCACAUCGGCAGCGCCACAGUUCGCACCCGCGACGACAUGGGAGUCCUCGCGGCUCGCAACGUCAUCAACGCUCUCAACGGGAAGCCCCUUCUCACGCCUGUGCUGCCCUGAUCCUAGCACUAGUUAUAGUCUGACGAGAAGAGUGGAAAAUAAUAGGGGCGGUGGCGCGUCUAUCUAAACCGCUUUGCAUGUGGCAACUAUUUUGACGCUUAUUUUUUUUUUUUUUUUAAUACUACGUCGGUGGCAAACAAGCAUACGGCCCGCCUGAUGUAAAGCGGUCACCGUAACCUAUGGACGCCUGCAACUCAAACAGUGUCACAUGCGCGCUGCCACACCAUUAGAAACCUGUACAUUCCCUUUUGCUGUGUUAAGUACACAGCAAAAAGGAGUGCACAAGUUCUAAGGAGGGUUCGGGUUGCCGCCGACUCAAAGCCAGCCGCUUCUGUGUGCAAAGUAGUAUUGCUGUGAUAAUAGUUAUUUGUUAUACAAGGGGGCAAAGUUGUAU